AUGGCCGAGUUUCGACAACAGGAGAUGUUUCUAACGUCGCCAUCGGAGACCACACGAAGUGCCAUGGUGGAGGAGAACUGGAACAAUGGGUCCUUCUGGUUCUUCCACGCGCUCGAAACGACGAAGGGGUUCUACAAUAUGUCCAAGCAGAAUGUCAUGCCUCGGUUCUCGGGUGAUGACAGUUCUGAGUUCCCUGAUAUUUCGCUGUACUGGAGCAGUGACGUGGACAAGAUGAUCCGUUCGAAGCUCGAUGAGAGAGAGCGGUAUCUUCAACGGCUGUCCUUGGCGGCGGUAUCUACAGACUCGGAUUCAGAUGGGUAG